AAGAAGGAGUAGAAAGAGCAGGGAAGAAGAAAGGAAAAAUGGCCUCAGAGGUCCACCCUGAUGUGAAACCCCCCCGUCCCGACCCAGCGUUCAACAGGAGAUGCAGUCUGAUGGCCAGUGAAGUGGAGUACAAGAAGGACUUUGAGAGGAUGAAAGGCCAGAGUCAGUUUGUUCCAGGAGCAGAGGUGGAACACUCCCGGUCCAUCAGUGCUGUUAUAUCAGAGUCUAAGUACAAGGAGGAGGGGAGGAAGGAGGCGUCCAUCUCGCUCUACUCCAUCCUGCCUGAAACCCUCGAGACCCAGAGAGCUCGGGAGGUCUCCCAGCUACAGAGCCAGAUCAAGUACAAAGGGAGCGUGAAGGCAGAGAUGUCGUCUUCUCUCUACUCCCUGCUGCCGGAGACCACAGAGACCCAGUUUGCCAAAGAACUGAACGAUAUUCUCAGUGAGAACAAGUACAAGGAGGAGGGGAGGAGGGAGAGCCGCUCCACGCUGUACUCCACCCUGGCGGAGACGGAGGAGACGCAGCGGGCGCGCACCGUCCAGGACUUCCAGAGCGAGGUCAAGUACAAGGAGGAGGGCAAGCGGAGGGCCUCUGUGUCUCUGUACUCCACGCUGGCCGAGACCCCAGAGACACAGCACGCCAAGGAGGUGUCCCAGCUCCAGAGUGAGGUGAAUUACCAUGCUAAGGUGAUGGUGAAGGGAGCUCCGUCCUCCCUCUACUCUACGCUCCCUGACACCGCAGAGACACAGUUUGCCAGGGAGAUGACUGAGAUGCUGAGUGAGAACAAGUACAAGGAGGACGGUAAGAAGAGUCUCUCUCAGAGCAUCUACUCUCAACUCCCAGAGACCUCAGACACCCAGUUCGCCAAGACCGUCUCUGAGCUACAGAGCGAGACCCGGUACAAGGAGCGUGGGAGGAAGGAGGGCUCCUCCUCACUGUACUCGCUGCUCCCUGAGACCCUGGACACGGCCCACGCCAAGGAGGUGACCCAGCUCCUCAGUGAGGUCAAGUACAAAGAGGAGGGCAAGAAGGAGAUGUGUGUGAACCUGUUCUCCCUGCUCCCGGAGACCAACGACACACUCCAUGCCAAGCAGGUGUCCCAACUUCAGAGUGAGGUGAAGUACAAGGAGGGGCUGAAGGAGAGGACUCAGACCAGCCUGUACCACCAGCUCCCUGAGACCACAGAGACCCAGCUGGCCAAGCAGCUCUCUGAGCUACAGAGCGAGGCCAAGUAUAAAGAGCUGAGCAGGAAGGAGGUGGGCAGCAAUCUGUACUCCCUGCUGCCCUCCACCAUGGAGACGCAGCACGCCAGAGAGAGCUCAGAGCUCCUCAGUGAGGGGAAGUACAAGGAGAGUGGUAAGAAGGAGAGGUCCUCCUCCCUCUACUCCACCAUGGCCGACACGCUGGAGACCAGCUUCGCCAGGGAGGUCACUGACAUGCAGAGUGAGAACAAGUACAAGGAAGACGGGAAGAAGAAUCUCUCUCAGAGUAUCUACUCUCAACUCCCAGAGACCUCAGACACCCAGUUCGCCAAGACCGUCUCUCAGACACAGAGCGAGAUGAAGUACAGGGAGUCCGGGAAGAGAGGAGACGGUAGCUCUCUGUACUCUACUCUACCUGAGACACUGGAGACCCAGCACGCUAGAGAGGCCUCUCAGCUACAGAGCCAGCUGCAGUACCGGGAUGCUAAGGGCGUCUCCUCCAGCCUGUACCACCUGCUGCCAGACACCUUAGAGACGGCCCACGCCCGGGAGGCCUCCCACAUGCUCAGCCAGAUCAGGUACGAGGAGGAGGGCCGGCAGGAGAUGAACCUCAGCCUGUUCUCGCUGCUCCCUGAGACCAUGGAGACGCAGCACGCCAGAGAGGCGUCCCACCUGCAGAGCGAGGUGAAGUACAAGGAGGGGCUGAAGGAGAGGAGUCAGACCAGCCUGUACCACCAGCUCCCUGAGACCACAGAGACCCAGCUGGCCAAGCAGCUCUCUGAGCUACAGAGCGAGAACAAGUAUAAGGAGGCGGGGAAAAGAGAGGCUAACAGCAGCCUCUACUCGCUCCUCCCGGGAACAAUGGAUACGGAGCACGCCAAAGAAGCCUCCGAUCUGCUCAGCGAGGUGAAGUACAAGGAGAGUGGUAAGAAGGAGAGGUCCUCCUCCCUCUACUCCACCAUGGCCGACACGCUGGAGACCAGCUUCGCCAGGGAGGUCACUGGCAUGCAGAGUGAGAACAAGUACAAGGAGGACGGUAAGAAGAGUCUCUCUCAGAGCAUCUACUCUCAACUCCCAGUGACCUCAGACACCCAGUUCGCCAAGACCGUCUCUCAGACACAGAGCGAGAUGAAGUACAGGGAGUCCGGGAAGAGAGGAGACGGUAGCUCUCUGUACUCUACUCUACCUGAGACACUGGAGACCCAGCACGCUAGAGAGGCCUCUCAGCUGCAGAGCCAGCUCCAGUACAAGCAGGCCUCCCGGACGGACGGCUCCUCCAGCCUGUACCACCUGAUGCCCGAGACCAACGAGAUGCACUUUGCCAAGGAGCAGUCAGAGCAGCAGAGUGAGGUGAAGUACAAGGAGGAAGGCAAGAGGGAGGCCAGCAUCAGCCUGUACUCCCUGAUGCCCCAGACCCUGGAGACGCAGCGGGCCCGGGACCUGACGGACAUGCUGAGUGAGGCCAAGUACAAGGAGGCUGGGAGGAGGCAGACUGCCAGCUCUCUGUAUAAGCAUCUCCCAGAAACCCUGGAGACCCAGCACGCUAGAGAGGCCUCCCAGCUACAGAGUCAGAUCCUGUACAAAGAGCAGGUGAAGAAGGAGAUGUCAGGAGCCGAGUUCCACCACAUGCCCCAAACUCUGGACACUCAGUUUGCUAAAGACAUCACCCAAAUGCAGAGCCAGAGCAAGUACAAGGAGGACGGGAAGAAGAGUCUCUCUCAGAGCUUCUACUCUCAACUCCCAGAGACCCCAAACACCCAGUUCGCCAAGACUGCCUCUCACUUACAGAGCGAGGUACAAUACAAGAAGGAAGGGAGACAGAUGGCUGGCAGCAGCCUCUACUCUGUGCUGCCAGAGACUUUAGAGACCCUACACGCUAAAGAAGCCUCGCACAUGCAGAGCCAGAUUAAAUACAAGCAGGGUUUGCAGACGGGCCUUUCUUCCACUCUGUACUCCGGCCUUCCAGAGACCAUCCAGACCCAGCUGGCCAAGGAGAUCACUGACCUUCAGAGCCAGGUGAGGUAUAAGGAGGGAGGUAAGGCCGAGAGCUCCACGCCUCUCUACCACCACCUCCCAGAGACCAUAGAUACACAGUUCGCCAAGCAGAUGUCAGAGAUCCAGAGCCAGCUGCAGUACAAGAAGGACAAUGAGGAUCUGUCCUGCACCCUCUACUCUCUGCUCCCAGAGACCCUGGAGACCCAGUUUGUUAAGGAGAUGGCUCUCACACACAGUGAGGCUAAUUAUAAAGCAGGAGUGAAGGAACAGAGUGGCUCGUCUCUUUACUCCAAACUGCCGGAGACUUUAGAGACGCAACGCGUGAAGGAGGUCACACAACUCCAGAGUGAGAACCGCUACAAGGAGGAGGGGAGAAAAGAGAUGAAUUCCUGUCUGUACGCCUCACUUCCUGACACCGCAGAGACCCAGUUUGCCAGGGAGAUGACUGAGAUACAGAGUGGGAGUAAGUACAAGGAGGAAGGCAAGAAGGCCCACGGCAGCAGUGUGUACUCCCAGCUGCCCGCGACCAUGGAGACGCAGUUCGCCAGGACGGUGUCAGACCUCCAGAGCCAGAUGAAGUACAGGGAGUCCGGGAAGAGAGGAGACGGUAUCUCUCUGUACUCUACUCUACCUGAGACACUGGAGACCCAGCACGCUAGAGAGGCCUCCCAGCUACAGAGCCAGGUGAGGUAUAAGGAGGAGGGGAGUAAGGCAGCAGCCAGCUCUCUCUACCACCAUCUACCUGACACAACAGAGACACUGCUGGCCAAACAACUCACUGGUGUCUACAGUCAGGUGAAGUACAAGGAGGACAGCAGGAGGGAGCAGGGCCAGAACCUCUACUCCCACCUCCCCGAGACCACCGACACGCUGUUCGCCAAGCACAUGUCCGACAUCCAGAGUGAGUGCAAGUACAAGAAGGACAAGGAGGAUCUGUCCUGCACCCUCUACUCUCUGCUCCCAGAGACCCUGGAGACCCAGUUUGUUAAGGAGAUGGCUCUCACACACAGUGAGGGGAAGUACAAGGAGUCGGGGAGGAAGGAGGCGUCUGCUCCUCUCUACCACCUCCUCCCGGAGACGCUGGACACCCAGCACGCUAAGGAGGCCUCGGAGCUGCAGAGCCAGAAUAAGUACAGGGAGACGGGGAGGAAGGGUCUGUCCUCCAGCCUGUACGCCCAGCUGCCCCAGACCAACGAGACCCAGCAGGCCGCCCAGCUCUCAGACCUGCAGAGCCAGAACAAGUACAAGGAGGACGGUAAGAAGAGUCUCUCUCAGAGCAUCUACUCCCAACUCCCAGAGACCUCAGACACCCAGUUCGCCAAGACCGUCUCUGAGCUACAGAGCGAGGCCAAGUACAAGGAGGCUGGGAGGAGGGAGGCCAGCCGGUCCCUGUACCGUCUGCUACCGCAAACACUGGACACCCAGCACGCCAAGGAGGCUACCGACCUGCUGAGUCAGGUGAAGUAUAAGGAGGAAGGGAGGAAGGAGACGAGCUCCAGCCUGUAUUCCCUGCUGGCGGACACGGUGGACCUCCAGCUUGCUAAAGCUGCCUCUGAGCGUCAGAGUGAGAUUAAGUACAAGCAGAAAGGCAAGCAGGAUGCCAGCAGCAGUGCCUUCCACAAGAUGGCUGACACCAGGGAGAAUGAAUUUGCGAAGCAGAUCUCUGAGAUGCAGAGUGAGUCCAAGUACAAGAAGGACAAGGAGGAUCUGUCCUGCACCCUGCACUCUCUGCUCCCAGAGACACUGGAGACCCAGUUUGUUAAGGAGAUGGCUCUCACACACAGUGAGAAUAAGUACAAGGAGGCGGGUAAGAAGGAGCUGUCCUCCCCUCUCUACUCCGUCCUCCCUGAGACCAGAGACAUGCAACACGCAAAGGAGCAGUCCCAGCUCUGCAGUGAGAAGGUGUACAGGGACGAGGGGAGGAAGGACGCUGGGACCAGUCUGUACUCCCAGAUGCCCCAGACCAUCGAGACCGUGUUCGCCAAGGAGCAGGGCCGCACCCAGAGCAACAAGCUCUAUAAGGAGCAGUAUAACAAGGAUAGAGGCAAGGCCAACUACAACACCAUGGAGACCAUCCCAGAGAUCCAACAUGCUAUGGAGGUCCACAAGCACCAGAGCGAGGUGGGCUACAGGAAAGGUAAACAGGAGCUCCACAGCUUCGCUAACAUACUUGCGGACCGUCCAGACAUCGUCAACGCCACCAAGGCUGCUAAGCUGGCCAGCGAUGUACUCUACAAGAGUCAGAAUAAACAGGCAGUCUACAACGCCGCCUCUGUCUUGGAAAGAUCUGACAUCCAACACGCCAAAGAGGCUUCUAAACUAGCCAGCCAGGUGAAGUACAAGGAGUGGUUUGACAGGGAUUUAAAGGGCCAGAAGCCCCAUUACAAUCCAGCAGACUGUCUGUCCUUCAAACACACACAGGCGGCCUCAACUCUUGCCAGCCAGGUGAAAUAUAAGACCAGCCAGAACCAGAGGGCCAGCGGUUCUGUGGACCUGCCCAACCUCCUCCACCUGGAACACACUCUGCAUGCCAGCAAGCUGCAGAGCAACGUGGAAUAUAAGAGGAAGUAUGAGGAGUCUAAAGGACACUACAACACCGUUCUAGACACGGCUGAACAGCUCCACCACAGGGAGAAUGCGGUACUGCACAGUCAGGUGAAGUACCGGGAGGACUAUGAGAAAAACAAGGGUCACUUUCAGAUGGAGUUUGGGGACACUGAGACAUACAGGGUGUCCAAAGAGGCACAGAAGCUACAGAGCAAGAGGGAGUAUCGGAGGGACUAUGAGGAGCAGAUGAAGGGCAGAGCUCUGAUGGAAGUGGACCAGACCCCCGCCUACCAGACCGCCAUCCAUGCUAGCAGCCUGCUCAGCGAGAAAGAAUACAGGAAAGACCUGCAACAGGAAGUGAAGGGGCGGGGCUUGUGGGGCCUGGGACUAGAGGAGACUCCAGAGCUUUUGAGAAUAAAAAAUGCCACUCAAAUCCUAAACGAGAAAGAAUACAGGAAGGACCUUGAACAGGAAGUGAAGGGGCGGGGCUUGUCUGGCCUGGGACUAGAGGAGACACCAGAGCUUCUGAGAAUUAAAAACGCCACUCAAAUCCUAAACGAGAAGGACUAUCGCAAGGACCUGGAGAAUGAGAUCGUGGGCAAAGGCAUGGAUGUGACCAGCGACGUGAUGGAAAUGCAGAGGGCAAAGAGGGCCUCUGAAAUACAGAGCCAGAAGUCCUACAAGCAGACAGACCAGCUGAGGGAGAGCUCAUUCGGAACGGUCACAGACACCCCAGAGCUGCUCCACGCCGCCUACCUCAAAGAUGUUUACAGCCAGAAGAGGUAUAAGGACGAGGCAGAGAGGAUGAAGGGAAGCUACGCCACGUUCUCAGACGCUCCAGAGAGGGAGAGAGUGAAGACCAACCAGAGGAACAUCAGCUCUCUCCACUACUCCUGGGACUCCAAGGUCAUGAGAAGUCUGAAGUCCUCAGUCAGCGAGACCCCGGAGAUAAUCCUGGCCCGAGAGAACACCAAGAGGAUAAGUGAUGUCCAGUACAGGGAGGGGGUGGGCUGCGGGACCGCCGUGACCGACACGCUAGAGAUUGAGCGGGUCCGAAGGAACCAGGAGAACAUCAGCUCUGUGAAGUAUAAACAGCAUGGAGGGGGUGUCAGUAACCUGGGGGUGACCCCGGAACUGGAGCGAAUCAAGCAGAACCAGGACAACAUCAGCUCGGUGAAGUACCAGCGGGGGCUUCAGGAGCAGAGGGGGCGGAGUUGCAAUGAGCUGGACACGCCCGAAUAUAGACGUGUCAGGAAGUCUCAGGACUUCAUCUCUAUGGCCAAGUACCAUGAGGACUUUGAGCGUGCACGUGGCCGCGGAUCUACACCAGGAUUGGAUGAUCCCAGCACGGACAACUACAAACGGGCCAAUCAGAUGGUUGGAGAAGCGGCCUACAGCAAAGGGACACACCCACUGGGGGCGGAGACGGACAGGAGGCCUGGCGGCAUCAUCGUGGACCUAGCCGUGUGGAGGACAGAUCCAGGCUCCAUCUUUGACUUUGACCCUGUGGAAGACAACGUUCAAUCCAUGAGCCUCCGCAGAAUGUCUGAGCGGGCCAGCCAGAAACUGAGCAGACAGCCCUCUCAGCAGUCUUUGCAAAGUCAAACUCAGUCAUUCAGCUCUCUGACCUCUGACCUUUGGGAGCACAGCAGCAACUCCACACCUGCUCCUGUCCUCCCCGGAGCCUACAACCAGGGUGUUCCGCAGCAGGGUUACCAUGGCUACAUGCAUCAGACCAGCAUGUCCUCCGUCAGAUCCGUCACAUCUCCCCCGCACUCAGCUCCAAUGCGCGUGUACCGUGCGCUGUACGACUACGCUGCUCAGGACCACGACGAGGUGUCGUUCCGUGACGGCGACGUCAUCGUCAACGCCCAGCACAUCGACGAGGGCUGGAUGUACGGCACCGUGCAGCGCACCGGGAAGACCGGCAUGCUGCCCGCAAACUACGUGGAGUUUUACAACUAGUUACCACUAGGGGAGGGGUGGGGGCUACCAAUAGAGGGAGGGGGGGGGGGGGUAAAACUACAUUAGGGAGGGGGUGUUGCAACCAGAGUAGGGGGGAUGUUACAACUAAGGGAGGGGGGGGGGGGAGGGGUAGCACGAUUGGAGGAGGGGUAACAUCUAGAGGAUGGAGGGUUACUACUCGAGGAGGGGGGUACAAUAAGGGGAGGGGGGGACAGUUACAAGUAGAGGAGGGGGGGUUACAAGUAGAGGAGGGGGGAGGGGGUGUUACAACUAGAGGAGGAGGGUGGUGUAACCAAUAGAGGUGGAGGGUGGUGUAACAACUAGAGGAGGAGGGUGGUGUAACAACUAGAGGGGGAGGGUGGUGUAACAACUAGAGGAGGAGGGUGGUGUAACAACUAGAGGGGGAGGGUGGUGUAACAACUAGAGAGGGAAGGUGGUGUAACAACUAGAGGAGGAAGGUGGUGUAACAACUAGAGGAGGAGGGUGGUGUAACAACUAGAGGAGGAGGGUGGUGUUACAACUAGAGGAGGAGGGUGGUGUAACAACUA